AUGAGUAAUACGGAUUUCCUGGGGCGGGCUAUCGACACGGUCAAGAAGGCGAUCGAGAAUGACAACGAUGGAGAGUACGAAAAGGCUUAUCAGAUGUACUACUCCGCACUGGAGUUGUUCAUGCUGGCCUUGAAAUGGGAGAAGAACCCGAAAUCGAAGGAGAUGAUCCGCUCAAAGGCCGGCGAGUAUAUGGAUCGCGCGGAGAAGCUUAAAAAUCACUUGGCCGAGGACCGGAAAAAACCGAGCGCGGUUGGCGCAAAUGGAAAGGUGGCGCAAGGCAGUGGGAAGGGAGGGAAGGAAGAUGACGAUAACGGCGAAGAUGCGGAUGCGAAAAAGCUUCGAUCGGCGCUUCAAGGGGCUAUUCUGUCAGACAAGCCGAACGUGAAGUGGGAGGAUGUUGCUGGUCUGGAGAACGCCAAGGAAGCUUUGAAGGAAGCACCCGCGAUUAUCUUCAUCGACGAGGUCGACGCGCUAUGUGGACCACGUGGUGAAGGAGAAUCCGAGGCCUCACGGCGUAUCAAAACCGAAUUACUUGUACAGAUGGACGGUGUCGGCAAGGACUCGAAGGGCGUGUUGAUUCUGGGCGCAACAAAUAUCCCCUGGCAACUGGAUGCUGCUAUUCGGCGACGAUUCCAGCGGAGAGUACACAUCAGUCUCCCCGACGUCAAUGCACGAAUGAAGAUGUUCAUGCUAGCCGUGGGCUCGACGCCGUGUCAUAUGACACAGGCUGACUAUCGCCAAUUGGCCGAUCUAAGUGAAGGCUACUCCGGUAGCGAUAUUAGUAUUUCCGUGCAGGAUGCACUGAUGCAGCCAAUCCGCAAGAUUCAAGGAGCAACACAUUAUAAGAAGGUACUCGACGAGGGCGUAGAGAAACUCACGCCUUGCUCACCAGGGGAUCCGGGCGCAAUGGAAAUGACUUGGCUCGACGUCGAUGCAGAGAAGCUUCUGGAGCCACCUCUCGUUCUGAAGGAUUUCAUCAAGGCAGUUAAGAACUCUCGACCAACCGUUAGCGGAGAGGAUCUCACGAGGAACGCUGAAUGGACCCAAGAAUUUGGCAGUGAAGGCGCCUGA